AUGGAUCGCAGUCUUGACGAAAUCAUCGGGGAGCGUCCGCAAAAGCAGGGCCGUCGUGAACGACGAGGCGGAAAUACAAGCAGCGCACCACGCGAUGGUCUUCCUCCUCCUCCAGUUUUCGCCUCCAGUGAUACCGUGAAAUGCAUCCGAUAUGUCUGGUUCCGCGAGGUUUUGAGACCUGCGGAACAUGACUGCAAUUCUCGAGAUGGAUGGAUCAUGAUCAUUAUUAUGAUUGCAUUAAAAAUUGACCCUCAGCUGACCUUAUCCUCCUCUUUCAAACUUACAGUCAUAUCGCGAACUGACUGGGUGCACGACCGAUUCGAAGAAGACGGAGAUUCCCGUGCAUAUCGUCGCGACGACCGAUCCAGACCUGACCGUAUCUCCCCGGAUCCCGAACAGCCAGCUCGUCUACGCAUUGAUAACCUUCACUAUGAUCUCACAGAAGAGGACCUAAUGGGCCUCUUCAGCGGAAUCGGCUCUGUUGCCCGUGUACGUGUUGAGUAUGAUCGUGCCGGCCGCUCAGAAGGAGUCGCCAUUGUUACGUACCAUCACAUCGAGGACGCAAGACGGGCAAUCAAAGAGUUUGACGGCGCCAACGCCAAAGGCCAACCCAUCCGGUUAACUCUUCUUCCCCCUCGUGGUGCGCCGAAGGCAGAGAAAUCAAGGAGUCUUUUCGACCGCAUUGAGCGUCCGGCUGAUAGAGAUCAACGCAGCCUCAGUCCCGCUAGCGAUGGAGGACCCGGUGGCCGACGUCGUCGUCGAGGAGGUCGUGGAGGAGCAGGAGGUCGUGGAGGAGCGGGAGGCCGUGGAGGAGCGGGAGCUCGUCGGAGCGAUGUUUCUAAGCCCGCCCCAGACCAUAUCGACCGCUACGUGCCCGGCGAACGAACCUCCCCGGUUCGUCGCAACGCUGGACGUCGACCUGGCGAACGCCGAGAUGAGAAGCGCAGGGAUGGCCAGGGCCGUCAGCCAGCCAAUGGCCGCCAGAAGAAGACGCAGGAAGAACUCGACCAAGAGAUGGAUGAUUAUUGGGGCUCUACCAACCUAGCCGGCGAGAAGGAAGCCGCUACUGUACCCGCUGUCGAUUCUGGAGCAGCUCCAGCUGAAGCAGUACCUGCAGCUGGCGCUGACGACGACAUUGAUAUGAUCGAGUGA